GUCGAACGCCGGGACUCGAACUGUACGUACGUGACCUCCGUCGCCUUCUGGUUCUAGACUACGUGAGUUAUAUUCAGUUCAUCCGCCAUGCCGCAACAGUGCACGCACCCGUUCAGUUUCCUACAGCCCUGUGGAUAAAGUGAUACCAUUACCCCGAGUGAUUUCAUUUCCGAUUUGAACCAAUCGAUUAUUUCGUUAUCAAAAUCGAGACAGUGAAGUGAGUGUUUCUGUGAUAUGAGAUGGAGAUCUUCGUCAUCUUGCUGUUCACACUUAUCGGAGAAGGGUUCUCCGCUUCCGGUAGCUGCCCUCCGGUAUGCGUUUGCAAGUGGAAAGGCGGGAAGCAGACAGUGGAGUGUACCGACCGAUCCCUCAUCCUCUUCCCGGAGGAUAUCGACCCGGAAACUCAGGUCCUCGACAUGUCCGGCAACAAUAUUCAAGUCCUCACGAAUGAUAAUUUCGUCAAAAACAACCUUCUGAACCUGCAGCGCCUCUACCUUCGGAGCUGCAAACUUGGGCAAAUCGACGACAGGGCCCUCCGAGGUCUCACAAAUCUUGUAGAACUUGACUUGUCCUACAACAUGCUUACAUCGAUACCUUCAGCCACCUUCAAAGAUGUUCCCUACCUCAGAGAUCUGAUACUAUCCAACAACCCCAUUCAGAAAAUAGAACCUCACGCAUUCAUGACCCUGCCUGGUCUCGUCAAGCUAGACUUGUCAAACUGCAAGUUAUAUACCAUUUCACCUAAAGCGUUUGAAGGAGUACAGCUUCUAGAGUCACUCAAACUCAAUGGAAACGAUCUGCAGGAAAUUCGCCCUAGGACUGUUGAAGCAUUGUCGAGAUUACAUGGAGUCGAAUUGCACGAGAACCCCUGGUAUUGUGAUUGUCAUUUGAGAGCUGUCAAAAUUUGGCUAACAGACAAUAAUAUUCCUUACCCCAUUGCGCCGAGGUGUAAUGGAGGUCCGGACAGGAUUCUGGGUAAAUCGUUUUCAGAACUCUCAUUGGAUGAUUUCGCAUGUCGUCCUGAAAUUCGAUUGGAUAGCAGGCAGGUGGAGGCUACAACUGGCGAUAACGCUACAAUUGUAUGCAGAGUGGAAUCAAUUCCAGAAGCAAGCGUCAGCUGGUUCUUCAAUGGACGACUGCUGCUCAACAAUUCAGCCUUUAGCUCUUACCAACGAGUAUACAUCAUGGAGAACGGUACUUUCGACAAGAGGAGUACCCUGAUAGUGACUAACGCGCAGGAGUCGGAUUCAGGAGAUUUCUACUGCAUCGCCGAGAACCGAGCCGGUAACGCGGAGGCCAACUACACGGUGCACGUCUCCUACCGGAUGGCGGGGAUGGCCAGCCUCGGCAGCGGGCAGAUCGCCGGCCUCAGCGCCGCCCUCGUCGCUCUCAUACUUUUCAUUUUGCUGAUUAUUUUAGUUUUAUUGAUAAGACUGAGACGUGUACCGUUUUCUGAAUCCAAGACACCUGGAGGUGGAACCGUGGAGGUUGUUCCUAACGGAACAGUGUCCCAGAAGCCUGCCACGCCAGUGACGGUGGAGUCUUCCACCUUCGUGGAGAGGAAGGAGGUGACGGUGGGCCCCGUGGCUCGGGAACUGAUCCAGGCAGAGAGCCCAAGCGACGCCCCAAACCCGGACCUGAUCAACGACACACGCGAAGACCCUCGACCAGGAAGUGGCGAGUACGUCCGGAACUCUGACGGCUGGGAGGAGGGCUACAUCGGCGACCGGACCCCCAUCGUCGAGGACUAUCCUCCCGAUUACGGCUUGCCCAUUCCCGGAGGCCCUCCAAUUCCUUCGGCCAAGACCCUUCGGGUGUGGCAGCGAGGUGUUCCUGUUCUACCGCCCGUCAACGCCCUCAAGAGGGUCCUCACCAGGAACUCGCCGGACGAAGGCUAUCAGGAAGGCUGUGGGACCGACGUCUAAGACGGUUGUAUACAACUACCUUACAUCUGCUAGUUAUGACCCUCUUACCGAAUCUGUAUUUCCCGUUUUUGUUUGUAUUAUCAUCAUACUUAUACUUCGAUUUGCCGAAUUAAUAGACUAAGUAAGUGUACCUUUUUAAGCUUACACUUAGUUGAUUUUGUUUCGUACCAUUUUUUAAAAAUAUUAUUUGCUAUUAUCUUUGUUUUCCCUUGUCAUUUAUAUAUUUAUAUACAACUGAUCCAGAGUAACUAUACUGGUUACCAUAUUGUUUAUAUUAAGGGUUUGCCCAGAAUUGUAUAUAAAGUGUUAAUAACUUGAAAAGAUUGACGAGAAAGUGAUAAAAUUGUAUAUAGUGUCGAAAUAAGAAUUUACAAUAAAGGCUUUGCCAAAGAUUUUUCCCAAAGAGGAACUUGACUAAUAGAUUUAAUAUAUACAUAUUUAUAUAAUAAUAUAUAUAUUUGGGAAUGAUAUGUCUGCGUGGUGAAUAAUAUAUUUUUCAUUGUCAAAUAAUUAAUAAUAGAUUAUUUGUGGUUGAAUUCGAAAAACCUACAGUUUAUACCAAAGUCUUAUACAUAUAUAUGAUUAUGCUAAAUGGAUAUAUAAUUGUUUGAUCUCUUUAGCUAUGAAAGAUGAACCAAAAAAAUAUAUCAAUUCCUCCUCUAAUUAGUUUUAUCUUUUACUGUAUAAAGAUCCGAUUGUGGAUUUGUUUAUAGUUGUGUAUAUAGUGAUAAAUUAAAUUAUUUUGUAUGUCCUGUAUAUAAAUAUUGUUGAUGUAUGUUUUUACAAUAUAAAGUUACACCAUAA